AUGGAAGUUGAAAUUUCACCUAAGCAUAUGUCAAGUAAACGGAAAAUAAAAUAUAGUAAAAGCGCAUGGAACAUUCAUGAGUUUGAAAUCUGGAGUGGAGACCUUAUUUGUCGGGUCGUUGUUUUGCGUAUGAAGGACUCUUUGCUGGUAUGGGUGGGUGGUAGAGAUGCUCAACUUAAUGAGGUGGCCCUAGGAGUGCCACUGGCGGUUGGUAACGGUGCCCUCGCUACUACAUUACUUGGUGAAGAAGGAAACACUUCUGGACUUGCUCGUCGCCUCACUUUAGCUCUUGGUCGACAAGUAUAUGUAUGUUGUGGAAAAACAUUUGAUCGAUUUACUGGUCCAUUGGUAGAACGAGGGAUAGUUGCUGAAAUUAAGAAUCGGCCAGAUUGUUUU